UACUAUAUGAGCGACGACGGGAGCGAAGAGAAUGAUUGUAGUUAUUCGUCCGAUCAAGACGCCGAACCGCUCGACGGAUUUGAAAACGAUGAUUCAGAUGAUCAGUGGGUCGCGCACAAAGCCCCUUCUUCGAAGGUUAUCACAAAAGCGUCGCUGUUGGCUGCUCAGAGAGAAGAUCUGCAGACUGUAAUGGACUUGCUAUCAGUGAGGGAACACCAUGCCAGAACUCUUCUCAUUCACUACAGAUGGGAUGUUGAGAAAUUGACUGCAGUUUAUGUUGAGAAAGGAAGAUCUCACAUGUUUUCUGAAGCAGGUGUUUCUAUGACUGAGAUUGUUGACCUAGAUCCUGAUGAACCUUCCUCUACAGUGAUGUGCAGUAUAUGUAUAGAUGAUGUGCCAGUGGAAGAUAUAACCAAAAUGGACUGUGGCCAUUCCUUCUGCAAUAGCUGUUGGACAGGGCACUUUCGUGUCAAAAUAAAUGAGAUGGUUAACCAGAAGCAAAAGAGAUUGAUGUAUGGCCCAUACAAAUGCAAACGCUAUCUUUUGGAGCUAGAUGGUAUCAGAGUUCAAGUUAGGAGUGUUUACAUUGAAGGUCGAAGCCAGCCUUCCAAAGAUCUUUAUUUUUUGGCUUAUAGGAUUAGAAUAACAAACAAUUUAGAUCACGCUGUACAACUUCUUAGAAGGCAUUGGAUUAUAACUGAUGCCAACGGAAAAACUGAGUGUCCAUGGUCGGGGUGA